AUGACGGUCGCAGUGCUUAAUGAGGAAAAGAAAAGAGAAAGACGAAAAGAAGAAACAGGGAGGGAAACAAUAAAUUUUUCUCUGUUUUUUUCAGUUAAUGUUGGCGAGGACUGUCCGGUUUUUGAUGGUUUAUUCGAAUUUUGUCAGCUUUCGUGUGGCGGAUCAUUGGCAGCUGCCGUAAAACUGAAUAAGCGAAAAGCAGAUAUAGCAAUAAACUGGAUGGGUGGGCUGCAUCAUGCGAAGAAGAGCGAGGCAAGUGGAUUCUGCUACACAAACGAUAUUGUUCUUGGGAUUCUUGAGCUCCUCAAGUAUCACAAAAGAGUACUGUAUGUUGACAUCGAUGUGCAUCACGGCGAUGGCGUGGAAGAGGCAUUUUAUACGACCGAUCGAGUAAUGACGUGCUCCUUUCACAAGUACGGUGAUUUCUUUCCCGGUACUGGCGAACUUAAGGAUGUUGGUGCUGGAAGGGGAAAAUAUUAUGCGGUAAACGUACCGUUAAGAGAUGGCAUCACCGAUGAAUCAUAUCAAAGCAUUUGGGUUCCGGUUAUGAACAAAGUGAUGGAAACAUUCCAGCCGUGUGCCGUAGUUUUACAGAACGGAGCAGAUUCGCUGAAUGGUGAUCGGCUGGGCACUUUUAAUCUCACUCUAAGAGGUAACAAAAACACCUGA